AUGUUUGUUGCAACUUUAUUGAAAAUCUCUCAAUCACGGAUUGCUCCAACAGAGCCAGUUCCGGUCACUUACUAUUCAAUUAUAAAACUACAAAAUGCUAACACAGGUUUAAUGCUUUCUUCAAUUGAAGUGAGUUAUCAAACCGGAAGUACUCAACAACUUGUUAGAGGAGUUAACAGAACUAAAUACGGCAGAGCAGAGAAUUACUGGACAGUUUUACCCGUUCAAAACUCAACGAUUCACCAAGGAGAAAUAGUUAAAUGCGGAGACCGCCUUCGUUUAAGGCACACGGUUACAAACAAAUAUUUACAUUCUCAUGCAAUCACAGCUCAACUUGAAAAAGGCUAUGAAGUCAGUGCAUUUGAUGGAAGCGACACCGGAGACGUAUGGCAAAUGAAAUGCAAUCAGCAAAAUGUCUUAGUAGGAGACAAUGUUAAGCUUUUACAUAUAGAUACGAAUUAUUACUUAAAUGCAAAUGCAACUGGAAUGUACAUACCAGAAAUCAUGGGUGAGCAUGAAAUAUACGGAUCUGAAACCGACGAAAAUGCUUAUUGGUUUGUCCGUUUUGGAGUUUUUGUUUCGAAAUAA